AUUUUGACAGUUUUUAUUUCAAACACAAUGCGGUUUGUAGUGUUGUGUUUUUGUGUUUGUGUAUUGUCAGUGAUGGGACAGGACAUCGAUGCGAUGCGGAAUAUGCCCAAAUAUGACUCGAGAUACGAUUACCUAGAUGUAGAUGCAUUAUUUAAUAGUAAAAGACUAGUGAGUAACUAUGUGGACUGUUUAAUUAAUGGCCGCAGGUGUACACCUGAAGGAAAAGCCCUGAAAAGGCUCUUGCCAGAAGCCUUAAGAACAAAGUGCAUACGAUGCACAGAGAGUCAGAAAAAGACAGCCGUCAAGAUAAUCAAGAGACUGAAAAAUGAGUAUCCUGACGAAUGGGCGAAGCUGUCUUCGAGAUGGGAUCCAACAGGAGACUUCACGCGAUACUUCGAGGUGUUCCUGGCUAAUGAACAGUUUAAUACCAUUUCUGGCAAUGGUAACGAAACACCGUUGUCACCGCUGCCAACUUUACCUGUACCGACACCUUCUCCGACCUCUCCAACCCCAGUCACGAGUGCCACUCCACCGCGACCUCUUCUUCUAAAUAGGUUUGGAGGCGAAGAUGAAGUAAUGGUCGGCAGUCCCUCGUCUGCUGUGACGACUCCCCGACCGACUCCAACUCUCACAACAAGACCAAGCACUACGAGGCCAACUGUGCCGCCGAGACCAACACCAGUAGCAUGGGCGAACGUCGGAACAGCCACGAUGCCAACACGGUUUACCAUGCGUCCUACAAAUAAUCUACCACUGCCAUAUUCGACCGCCAUCACACUCAUCGACCAGAUUGGCAUCAAGAUCAUAAGAACAACAGAACUCGUAACUGACAUACUUAGAAAUACUGUUCGAGCUGUGAUCGGACGAUAACACUCACAAAUGAUAGUGAUUUUUUAUUUUUUGUGAUAAUUGUGCUAAAGCAUUGUAGUCAUUCGGCCUAACAGAUAAAAACAAUUUGUUAUAAAAAAAUAAAUGUUUUGUUAUUUUAGUAGAAAAUUUGAUCUUUAAAAUGAAAAUCUGAUACUUCUGAAAAAUAUUAUUAUCAUUUAGUUAAGGAUACUUAGAGAGAUUAUUACUAUUUAGCAUCUAACCACAGCAAAAAAUAUAUAAUUGAUAAGUAUUUAAACAUUGCUUCAAACAUGAUUAAGUAUGCAACAUUCACCAUCAUCAUGUAUGGAUGAAACCAAAACAAACGCAAAAAAAACUUAUUAUUAAGCAUCAAAAUAAAAAUGUACUAAAAUAAUAGGAAAAAUUUGAUGUGUACAGAUGCAUGUUUUUAUACGAAACUUAUUUAGUUGAUAUAAUUAGCUUAUUUUACGUAAUUGUAAGUAAAUUUUGCUAGAUUAAGUUUUAAAUUAUUUCUUAAAUUAAGAAUUUAUCGUACAACUGUAGAUUUUAGAUAAAUAAAUAAUGAGACAUCAAUUAAAAUUAAAAUAAGAAUAUAAAUUUUAAAUCAAGCAGUGAUCCAAUAAAUAAUUUUAUAAUUGUGUAUUUAUUCCUUUUUUAUACGUUACUACCCUGUCUGUCUAUCUGUCAACUGCGAACUACUACAUAUACCUAGUUUUAUAGGAAAACAAUGUACAAAAUAGAAAAAUCUUCUUCCUUAUCUAUGUAUCUUUAUUUCAUGUUUAUGAUGUACUCAACGAAGACAAGCUCACUGUGCAAGAAAUAUUAUACUGCACAAGUGUGUCCGCCAACACGAGUGCACUUCUGAAUAGUAAUGAGAAAACUAUCUCAUAGUUAGAUGCUGUGUUAGGUUCUGUGGAUGGUGGUGUAGUAUAUCCCUUAUCAUUUAAUAUGGUCUUUGGUAACCCGUCUGAGGAUACCUCAAACGCAUCUCGUUUCAUAAAAAUGUAGAAAAACGCAUGUGUAGGCGAAAUUUGGCGCUAUCGUCGAUGUGCCUCGUGCAAGCCAGCACUUGCUUCUGAUAAAAAAAAAAUAUUUUAUUCAGGCAAAUAGCUAGU